CCGCUUUGCCAGACCCUGAUUCUCCGCCAAGUUGAGUUACACGUCAGUAGGGAACCUGUACUGGUGAGUGGACGUGUACAGCGCGCGUCAGGCGGUUCCCGGAUGCACCAAACAGAAACAUGGAACGGGUAGUGGUGGAAGUGCCGAUCAACAACGGUUUUUCCCUCGCUGGCCCUUCCACAACGCCACGAAAGCGACAGGUGCGUUUUUCAGCACGGCAUGACAUCAUCCUUCUGCGGGAGGUUAUCGCACAGAACCCCUUCGCCUCAAAAGAGCCAGGACGGAUCUGGGCCCGUGUGGGGGAGAUCAUCACUGCAGCCCUCCAAGAUGAAAACUUUGAGGUGGAUGCCAGGCGGUGUAGGGAGAGGACCAUGCUGCUGCUAGACUACUACAAGAAACAAGACUUUCCCAGUCUGCGCAGGUUUGGAACUGAGAGGUUGUAUGCCCAAAAGGAGGAUCUGCUCCAUGAGGUUUUGGAACUGGAGGCUGAGAAGGGGUUGCUGGCCAGUGGGGAAAGCACAAAGUACCAGGAGGAUGAACUGAGAAAGCGAGCCAUAGAAGAACUAACUCUACCAGAGCAAGACAAACCCAACGUCAGUAUCACACAAACACCCGCUGCAGCAGAACCAGAAGAAGACCGCGAGGAAAUGGCAGAGCUCUCAGCAGCGCCCAUGGCCAAGCGGCCCUGCCAGUGCUGCUGCCAGACGUAUUCUGAGAUUCUCAGCUUCCUGGAGAAACGCUCAGAGGCGGAGCAGCGGCUGCGAGAGGACGAGCUCGCUCUGCGCCGGGAGGAGCUAGAGAUUCAAAGGAGUAAGAUUGCUCUGGAGAGGGAACGUCUGGGAGCUGAGAGAAAAGAGAGGGAACGGAGAUUUGAGCUGGAGAGCCAAGAGAGGCAGGUCAUCUUGGACCUGCUAAAAGAGAAAGUGCUAAAAGGCUGACAGAGGAAAACUGUAUCACCUGAAUUUUAAUGCCAUCUUUAAAAAAAAGAGUCAAACAUGUUAUACAGAAAAAAAAACGUGGUCGACUCUAAAAAGAGGAAAGAAAACAAAGAAACUAGAAGUGAAAAGAACAAUGGUUGUUGGUUGUUGGAUGUAGGUCAAAGACCUGCUAACAUAACCAAACAAUCUGAUCAAAGAAAGGAACAGUGAAUAUUUGAAAUGGAGGAGAGUAAUGUAAGAUGUGCAGUUGCCUUUGUCGAACUUAAGUGAAUACCAAAAGAGACAUAAAACUGCUGACAGUGUUUAAAAGCUGCAAUAUUUGCCUAAACUAGCUGCUGAUCCAUAUAGAUGGCAACAGUUCCACAGAUCCCACAGACUGCAUGAGGAUUUAAAAGUGCUGCAAAUACUGGAGCGUCAUCUAAGAAAUAGCAUGCAGAAAAGGGUGCGGUUUCUUAGGUGUGAUAAUACACUGAGCCAAAACUGGCUAUGGACAGCUGUGCCAAGUUGGUCUGUUGCACAAAAGUGGAUAAAUGCAGUCUUAAUGUGACGCCAACAGCAGUAUGUUUUAAUGAGUCCUGUUCACAGUGUAAGGGACACCAUUCUUGGUUCAAAGCUGUAUAUUUAGACAUUUAACAUUAAGGUUAUAGUGCAGCUCAAGGUUUUUGAAAACCCUGUAGCAUUAACAUAUUAAUGACUUUACAUGACUUUACUUCUUUUUCAAUGUGAAGACCUUUUUGAUUAAAAUAGAAGUAAAAUGAUAUUUUAGUGACCCACUGUACAUUGACUGGUAAGCACUUUUACACAUAUUUUUACUGAAGUGAUUAGGUGUGUUACAUUACUUUUGCUAUAAUGUGUCAACAUCCUCAUUAUGAAUGGUUACUUCCAGAUGUCAUACUGUCAUGGGUUAAAGUUACAGUAUUACACAAACAGGAGCACUUUAUGUUCCACUGAUUUACAGGGUGUUUUUUUUCCUAUAUGUUGUUCAUAAAAAUUAUUUAAAUUAAUAUGUUAUUUUUCCCCACAAGUCCCCACAACAUUGCCCAUGUUGUAUAAAAAGAAAUCAUUUAAAGCCAA